AUGACGGCUCCGCCAGCGGCAGCCCCGCCACCGGCAUUCAUCCCGCCACCGACACCCUUGAACUUCGACCGGACUUCCGGAUGGCCAGAAUGGAUUAUGUCAUUCGAUGACUACCGCUACGCGUCGGGGCUCAACGACAGAAUGAAAGAGGCCCAGGUGCGAACUCUUUUGUACACCAUGGGCAGGCAGGCAAGAAAAAUUUUUCAGACAUUCGGCCUUACCGAAGAGGAGUCUCGAAGCUACGAGACAGUGAAGAAAAAGUUUGACGCCAAUUUUGUGGCCACGAAGAAUAUAGUCUAUGAAAGCGCAAAUUUCCAUCGACGAAAGCAAGAACCCGGGGAAAGUGCGGGCAACUUUGUGACAGCCCUGCACGAGCUUGCAGACCACUGUGAAUUUGCAGAAUUCCGGGAUCGAAUGAUCCGCGACAGAUUUGUGGUCGGCCUCAAGGACGCGCAGCUGUCGGAAGCGCUCCAGAUGGAUGCCACCCUUACGCUAGCGACCGCUCUGGCGAGGGCCAGGCUCAAGGAAACAGUUCACCGACAGCAACUGGAACUCCGGACCGUCAGCAACGAGGUGAAUACAGGCGAACUUGACAUAGUCCGACGAACAACGAGGAAGCCGUCCAACAACUGGGAGCCUGGCGCCACAGCACAGCGGCGUACGCAGGCGUGCCAGUUCUGCGGACGGUCGAGCCACCCGAGAGCCCGGUGCCCUGCACGAUCGUACCUCGUGGUCGUAGACUAUUUUUCGCGCUAUCCAGAGCUUGCCCCUUUUAUCUUCCACGAGCUCGGCGGCGGUUAUUGA